AUGCCACAGCCCAGCAAACCACGACCCAGAAGAGGCCACAACCCGGCAAACUGUGGCCCAACAGUCACAGCUGACCGUGGCUGGAAUUUCCGGCUAGAAGACAGAGCCAGCCCACUCCCCUCUGAGGAUGUCGACUGUGACCAUCCUGAAGUCUUUGAAGCUGUGGAUAUAGCCCUCAGAAAAUAUAAUGAUGACAAAACAGAUGGCAACCAGUUUGCUUUGUACAUGGUGACGGAUGCCCAGCGAACAGCAGGUCCUGGCGCACAGUUCUUUGUGAAGUAUCAAAUAAGAGAGAGCACUUGUGCCAUUGGGGAAGGCAAAGCCUGGCAAGACUGUGAUUACAACGCAUCUGUGGAAGCUGAAACAGGAGAAUGUACAGCUGAAGUUUACAUUGACAAGACCCAGAAAAUCAGUAAUGUUUCACAGGAAUGUAAAAUCAUCCCAGCUCGUAUGUGUGUUGGAUGCAAACAUCCCAUUGGGAGCGACAGCCCAGAUUUGCUACCCAUUCUGAAGCUUGCUGUUCAAAACUUCAACAAAAGAAGUGUGAAACGCUUCCUUUAUGAUGUUGGUGAAAUAAUAAAAGCCACGAGUCAGGUGGUAGACGGAAUAAACUACGAAGUUGAAUAUAAGAUCAAAGAGACAAAUUGCUCAAAGCAUGAAUAUCAGGAUUUACACGCAGAGUGCAAGCCUAGUUUUGGAGCCCUUGAAGGUCGCUGUGAAGCCAAGGCUUUUGUGGAUCUCAACAACACAAUUGCAAGCAUCAUAGAGAAAUGCAUGUUUCCAGACCCACCAUUCUGUGCAGGCUGUCCAGUUCCCAUCCCGGUUGACAGUCCAGAACUGGAGGAAGUACUCAAGGUUUCCAUGGAGAAAUACAAUUCAGAGAGCAAUACUGAUUUCUACUAUAAAAUUAAAAGCGUAUACCACGCCACAGUCCAGGUCGUUGCAGGAAAAAAUUAUGAGAUACAUUUUAAUAUUCAGAAGACAAACUGCUCCAAGUCAGAAGUGGAGAAACUGAAUGAAGACUGUGAAGCUGAAAUUGGCAGCAUGCCGUUAGAGUGCACAGCAAAUAUAUAUGUGGUGCCAUGGAAGCAGGAAAUCUUCCCUCAGGUUAACUGCAGUGCAGCGUUAAUGGGUCAUUAUGGCUAUCGUAACGGCUUUACCCCUUUCCGAUCUUCUAUGGAGCAUGAAAUUGGGCCUGGACGAGCAAAUGAGGAUGGACAAAGGGCAGGGCAUGCAUGUAGGGUUGGUUCAUGCAGUCAUGAACAUGGCCAUGGACAUCAGUUUAAGCACAGACCUGGGCAUAAAAGAGGGCAUGAAAUUGGGUGCGGGCAUAAAAAACAUCAUAAGAAGGACAAACAUAAAGACUCCAAAGACAAGUCCUCUGAAGAAUCGGAGGAAAAGGUCCCUUGCCAAAGGGAAAGCCAGCCACCAAGCGUAGAUGAAGGUCUAUUCCAGUCAGAUGCAUUAACUACUCCUGCAGUUACAGUGGGUCCAAGAGAUGAUUCUUCUACCCCUGAUAUCCCUGUAGAACCAGUUAGCCCUGCAACUGUUGAAACUACUCCUGAUAUUUCUUUAUUUCAUGAGCUUCCAGAUCACCCAGAAUCCCCUGUUCCCAAGUGUCCUGGAAAGCCAUGGAAAUCAGUUAUGCAACUCACAAAUCCUUCUGAAUAGCCCAGAUUAUUUACAAAUGAGGAUCUUUAACCUCAUGCAUCAGAAAAGGCCAAUUCAGCAUCAGAAAAACCUUCAACUAUCAAUAUUGAUGUGGAUGAUUUUGACCUUGUGGGUGCUUUAUCCUUUUAAUAUGAACAGUCUGUGAUCCAUUUUUUGAGGCCAAAGAUAGAAAAUUAUACAAUUAUCUUCUUUGGAAGCCAAAACAUUUCUUAGAAGAAUGGUUUCCACACUGUUACCUACAAUACUCAAGAAGGUCACUAGCAAAUCCUGAGAACAAAGAGCACAAGGCAAUCUCAAUACCUGAUUCACCCCUCACAAGGGUGCUCGUUAGGAGUGAGUCCACUGAAAUCUGUGUGACACUGCUGUAGAACAAGCAACAGUGAGAGGAAACCGUGGGUUUCUUUCUCCAAUCUUCCAGUGAAGUGAAUUGAUUUAGGUAUUUGUGAGUCCUUUUUCUCAUACACCAAAAGUAUUACACUCACGCCCACUGUGCUAAGUUUAAAAUACUAUGGGGACUGGUACAAAGAAUUCUGGGAAUGAUCUGAGGGAACCUAGUCAAAGGAUAACUGUAGGGUGAGGAAAGCAGCUCACACUGUGAAAUAGGACAAGGCCCCUUCCCUUAAAUAUUUAAAAUCAUCUGCUGGACUGACAAUUGA